AUGGGAGACAUGGGAGACCCACCAAAAAAAAAACGUCUGAUUUCCCUAUGUGUUGGUUGCGGCAAUCAAAUUCACGAUCAGUAUAUUCUGAGGGUUUCUCCGGAUUUGGAAUGGCAUGCGGCGUGUUUGAAGUGUGCAGAGUGUAAUCAGUAUUUGGACGAGACCUGUACGUGCUUUGUUAGGGAUGGCAAAACCUACUGUAAAAGAGAUUAUAUCAGGUUAUACGGCAUCAAGUGCGCCAAAUGCAGCAUCGGCUUCAGCAAGAAUGACUUCGUGAUGCGCGCCCGCGCCAAGGUGUACCACAUCGAAUGUUUUCGCUGCGUGGCCUGCAGCCGCCAGCUCAUCCCCGGCGAUGAAUUCGCACUGCGGGAGGACGGCCUCUUCUGCCGGGCGGACCACGACGUGGUGGAGAGGGCCAGCCUGGGCGGCGGGGACCCUCUCAGCCCCCUGCAUCCCGCUCGGCCGCUGCAGAUGGCAGCAGAACCUAUCUCUGCCAGACAGCCAGCUCUGCGGCCCCACGUCCACAAGCAGCCCGAGAAGACAACCCGAGUCCGGACUGUUCUUAAUGAAAAACAGCUUCACACCUUGAGGACCUGCUACGCUGCCAACCCCAGACCUGACGCCCUCAUGAAAGAGCAACUGGUAGAAAUGACUGGCCUCAGCCCGAGGGUCAUCAGGGUUUGGUUUCAAAACAAGCGAUGCAAGGACAAAAAAAGGAGCAUUAUGAUGAAGCAACUUCAGCAGCAGCAACCCAAUGACAAAACUAAUAUCCAGGGGAUGACAGGAACUCCAAUGGUGGCUGCUAGUCCGGAAAGACAUGACGGCGGUUUGCAGGCGAACCCCGUGGAGGUGCAGAGUUACCAGCCUCCCUGGAAAGUACUGAGUGACUUCGCAUUGCAGAGUGACAUAGACCAACCUGCUUUUCAGCAACUAGUUAAUUUUUCAGAAGGAGGACCUGGUUCCAAUUCUACUGGAAGUGAAGUAGCAUCAAUGUCCUCUCAGCUGCCAGAUACACCCAACAGCAUGGUAGCCAGUCCUAUUGAGGCAUGAAGAACAUUCAUUCAAAUAUCUGUUGUUGUUGUUUCUGCCCUUACCCUCACCCCUGUUGAAGAGAGUGAGAAAAUGAACGUGUUGGGACUUCGAAAUUUAGGGGGAAAGAAUACUUAACAACCCUGUAAUGAACCUAGCAAGGAACUGCUCCAUGGGAUGAAUGGAGUCAUAUUUGAAAAGACAAGGUAAUAUGGUAGCAACACUGUGAAGACAAUCAUGGGAUCUUACUAGAAAAAAAUACUUAAAAGAACCACAAACCCCGCGCUUUUCAAUGAUCAGAGGAGUACUGAAAAGACGUUUUCCAAAU